UUUACUUCUUAACUAACCCAUGACAACAAAACAUCGUGGAAAAGAAACAUAUCACAGCCGUAGUCAAAAGCGCAACCAACUCUUAUUAAACUGGCAGGACCAUAAACAAGCUGAAAAUGGCGUUGCCCUUUUUGCCUGGUAACAACUUCAAAGAUCCCACAAAAACCAGAUACCACAGAUCACAAACUUUAGGCUAUAAAAAUGGAUACACAGUUCCUGUUAUGCCACCUCUGAAUCCCUUAACUGAAGAUGAACUAGAUGCUCUUGCUAAUUUUAAGCCAUUACUAACCUAUGGUCAAGCCGUGCAAGCUCCACCAGAAGAUUUUAUUCCGGCACAUGUGGGAUUUGAUAAAAAAGUUCUUCUUUUUGAUGCUUAUUUUAAACAAACUGUACACGAAUCUCCAAACCAGUUUUACACGGUUCGGUCUGUAAAAAUAUAUUAUUACUUGGAAGAUGAUUCAAUAUCUGUUGUGGAACCUGUUAUAGAAAAUAGUGGUAUUCCUCAGGGUAAGUUGAUAAAAAGACAACGUCUACCAAAAAAUGAUCUUGGUGAUAAUUGGCACUGGAAAGAUUUCAAUAUUGGAGUUGAAUUGACGUUUUAUGGAAAGAAUUUCAUGGUUUAUGAUUGCAAUGAAUGGACAAAGGAAUUUAUGGCAAGCGAAGGUAUUCUACUUAACCCACCACAAAUUUGUCCAUCUGAUCCAUACAUUCAAUCGAGACAGCAGCCUCGGCAAACUUACAAAACUCCUUCUGAAUUUGAUAAACUAAAGAAGUUCAUUGAACUGGACCGAAAAGUUUUGCGUUUUUACUGCAUUUGGGAUGAUCGUGACAGCAUGUUUGGUGCAGUUAGACCAUGUGUUUUGCAUUAUUAUCUUGUUGAUGACACAAUGGAGAUAAGAGAAGCCCACACACCAAAUGAUGGUCAUGAUCCAUUCCCUGUUCUGAUUGGUCGCAUGAGAAUGCCUAUUGAUCGUGGAAGCCUGCCAACUUCGUUUCCUGCUGUCAAUAUGGAAAUAUCCGAACACGAAAUUAGCGAGUGGUUUGGUCCACAGCAUUUCAAACUGGGAGAAACGGUUUUCAUUUUGGGUCGUAGGUUCUUGCUGUAUGAUUGUGACGACUUUACAAAGCUGUAUUAUAACGCCAAAUACAAUGUUAGUGAUUUUACUCCUGUAGAUGUCUCACAGAGAAUACCCAACUUCGAUAAAAAGAUCUUACCACCGUAUAAUGGUUUUGGAUCAUUGGAAGAUUCUUUACAAUCAUGUUUAUCGCUGGUUCCACAACCACCAAAGAAAGACUUCAUAAAAAUGUUGGAAAACGACAACAAAGUUUUAAGAUAUGAAGCCAUUCUAGAAUCUGUUCGAGCUGAAGACAAACUUCGCCGCUUUAUUAUCUCCUAUCGGCUAGCUGAUGACAUGAUUACGGUAUACGAAAAAGCCCAGCGAAAUUCCGGUAUUAUCGGUGGCAAAUUUUUAGAACGAACUCGCGUAUGUAAACCAGGAUCGCAAAUAGACUCUCCAGAAUUUUACACGCCGGCUGAUUUCAGUGUGGGUGCUGUAGUGGAAAUUUUCAAGCAUAGGUUCAGGAUCACUGAUGCCGAUGAAUACGUGUUGACCUUCUUGGAAUCUUUUCCAGGUGAAUUUCCUGUUAGUACCAUCAAUUCUAUACGUGUAAAGCAUGGCAAAGAACCUUUAAAGGAAGCAGAUAUUAGUACUCACGGCAAUAAUGUCGUUAACACUACGUCAGAUAGCACCAAGAAAACAGAAACUCAAUGGAGGUACACUGGAGAUGGAACGGAGUAUAAAUGGAAAGUUUAGAUGGCGCUGAGUUAAAAAUAUUAUUGAUUGUUUGUAACUAAUGAAAAAUUAUUUAUGUAAUAUAUGUAUUUUUUUAAA